GAGAUGAUGUGCGCUAAUAGUCUAAAUUGAAACACUCCACACAUAGCUAGUGCCAUUGUUCCUAACUCUACAGUAGCUUAACUUUGUGUAUAUAAGGAGCUUCUCUAGAGAUGAUAAUUCACAACCAUCUCAACUUACACAAAUACAAGCCAACCUAGCUAGCAGCUUGCGCGCUAUAUAUAUAUAUAUCUCCAAUGGCGGCUUCUUUUAAUUGUGCCUUGAGGAUUUUCGCAGUUUCUGCACUUGCAUUUGCUUUCUGCAUUCAAGGAACCUUCGGGAGCAUAGCGUGUGAGGAUCUGAGCAAAGAGUCAUGUGCAUACGCGAUAUCUUCGAGCGGGAAGCGGUGUGUGCUGGAGCAGCGUGUGCGUAGAAGUGGGGAGGAAGCUUUUACUUGCGGUACGUCGGAGAUUGAGGCUGAUAAGCUCAAGGAUUGGAUUGAAAGCGACGAAUGUAUCCGUGCAUGCGGUUUGGAAAGAAGCGUUCUUGGAAUCUCGUCGGACUCUCUCCUCGAGCCACACUUCGCCAGGAAGCUCUGCUCUGCUCAGUGCUACAACAAUUGCCCUAACAUCAUCGACCUUUACUUCAAUCUUGCUGCUGGUGAAGGAUUAUUUCUACCAAAAUUCUGUGCAUCUCGAGGAAGGAGAACACGACGUGGAAUGAGCGAGCUGAUCAGAAGCUCCGGAAGUGUUGCAGCAGGGCCGGUGAGUGCUGGUAAGUUCAUGGUGGCGGAUGGACCCGAAGCUGUGGAGUUUAUGGAUGAGGAGGCAGAAGCACCGGCUGCAGACAACAUGUGGAUGGAGGAAGAAGCGGAGGCUCCAGCAUUUUGAUACAUCAAGGGAUGAAAAUACUGAAGGUGUUGUAAUAAGGAAUAUUUUGGGAUUCCAGUUUGGCCCGACUUGUUUUGGUUGUGUGCUGUAGUAAAAUCUGUGUUUCUGAGUUGGUUUCACAUAUGUAUUUCAGCUUAAUUGAACAUAAUCCAGUGAAUCAAUAUGAAAUAUAUGUGUUGGCUUAGCUACUCAUAUCGUUACAUUUUUUUUC